AUAGGCUAUUCAAUGGUUUCAGAUGUCUGAAUCACAAACUAAACUUGGUGAAAAUGAAAUAAUUGAAGAAAUAAUUCAUAUUUCCUGAAUACAUAGAUUAAUGAAGUGGAAAGAAAUGGCCAAUUAAGUCUGAUUAUCAAGCUGCGAAUAGUGUAACUGAACACUUCAAGACGUUCCACAGAAAUCCAUUAGUUGGCAGUAAAGUGGCAUGUGAUUAAACGCAGAGGAAGACCAGUGUCAGCUGAUUGGAGAACAUCAGGUUUCGUUCUUGUACUUUUGUUUUGGUCUUCUGUCUAGACGCGGUCUUAUCGAUCCUUGGCGAUGACCUGGACGUACCAAUAACGAGCAAUCCGCUUGAUAACUCGUGGUAGGAGAGAUGGCGCUGCUAAUGGAGCACCAGUUCAGACAGAUGCCAGCUGACAGACAGGUGGAAACGAGACCUUUCUUGGAGGCUGUGUCAUACCUUCCACCAUUCUUUGACUGCCUUGGCUCGGCUAUUUUUGCCCCAGUAAAGGCCGACAUAGCUGGUAACAUCACAAAAAUCAAGGCGGUUUACGAUACCAACCCAGGACGGUUCAAAACACUGCAGCACAUUUUGGAGGCAGAGAAAGAAAUACAUGGAGCAGAAUGGCCAAAAGCUGGAGCAACGUUGGCUCUUCUGUGGCUUAAAAGGGGUCUACGGUUUAUUCAAGUCUUCCUACAGAGCCUGGUAGAUGGUGAAAAAGAUGAUAGCAACCCGAACCUCAUUCGAGUCAAUAUCACCAAAGCUUAUGAAAUCGCCCUUAAAAAGUAUCAUGGCUGGUUUGUGCAGCAGCUCUUCAAGGCAGCUCUUUUCGCUGCUCCAUAUAAAACAGAUUUCCUGAAGGCCCUCUCCAAAGGUCGGGAUGUCAAGGAAGAGGAAUGCUUGGAAAAAAUCCGAAAAUUCCUUGUCAACUUCACUGCCACUGUUGAUGCUAUUUAUGAGAUGUACAGUAAGCUGAAUGCUGAUCUUGAUUACACAGUGUGACCGCAAAACAUUAUGCUUUAUUCCAAUGAUCCGCUUAGCUAACAAAGCAAUUUACAUUCUGCUGUAAUCUGUAAUCUGCUCUUUGACCUGGCUCCCUAUAGGUCAUCUAGAACUGUGGAAGUGAAUUUACAAUACUCUGUGGUUACACGUCAAAUAUCUCUACACUUUUAAUCAUACAUGUGCCUAUUCUGGCAAACUCGUUAGGCCUUUUGGCCUCCAACUCUGAGACUGGUUUCUUAAAGCAGCUGAUGAUUUAAACCCAGUAGUUCUUUGUUUGUCAUAUAAUCACAUUCAUGAUCAUAAGAUAAUUGUACCAAGAAUCAAAGUUGUAAACAAAUGUUUACAGGUUUCUUGAGCCAGAUCCUUAUCGGCAAUGAAGAAAAAAAUAUAAUCUCUACUCUAAUAAUCUUUACUUUUUACUAAAUUUUAAGAUUUAAAGCGUUAGGGUCCUUUAUCCUCACACAUAAGAAAAGGGCGGCACUUUUAGUCAUACAAAACAAUAAUUAAAAAUGUGUUUUUGCUGGGGUUUCUUGUUUGAAGUUAAACAAUCAAAAUUCAAGCACAUAGUUUGCAUGAUAUAAAACAUUGUGGAAAAGAAGUCAGCGGUUUUCAUCUUACAGACUAAGAUACAAUACUGUGUACUUGUCCAGUGUUUGGGGUAAUUUAUUGUAGUUUUUAGUAAUUAAUUAACUAUUUUAUUUAUGUUGUGAUGUUAAUAUAUUAUUAUAUUAUAAUAUUAUUCAUUUAGUAAUACAAAACAUAUGUGAAUAUAAUUUCUUUUCCGCAAUUUUUUUUAAGUACAAGACGUUGUACAUACGGUGCUGUAAACUGAUUUUUAUAGUGCACACCUGUUUGUGCCUUAAGAUGGAAUUACAUUUAAGUCAAAAUUACCACUUUUCUGCCCUAGUCCUUCAUGUUUUUAUACAUGUUACUUUGUGUGAACCAGGGGGGCUAAGUAAAAACAAAUAGUUAAUUAUUACUGAAAGUAUGUUCUCUUUUAUACUUCCAUACUAUGCAAGAUUUCAAAAGGUUUCCAAUAACUCUUCCAAAGCGUUGCUUCAUCAGCACUCAGUGCCUUCUCUUCUCUCAGGUUCUCACGUAAAACCUGAUGUGAAUUUUAUUUAAACCUUUCCCCUUUAUCCAGUGGAUAUACCGUGUUGCAAUAUAUUUUUUCCCUUUUACAUGGUUGGUAUAAUUUCUGUUCCUUAGAAAAAUUAUAUUAAAUGUGAUUUUUCAACAGCAAAUCAACCAUGAAUAACUGUCGUCAUUAUGCUUUGAGUUCAUGUGCUGAAAAGCUCUUCUGAUGUGUCGCUUGUUGCUGAAAUUCUGUUGCAGUGGAUGUAUAGUGAAUAAAAACACAAAGCUUGUUUGUUCAAUUUAUAUAAACCAUAUAAUUUGCAAUAAAGAUAUGUGCAGUAUCUAA